AGCAGAGAGAGUGAUAAUUUGGAGUAAGUCAUUAUCAGUGUUAAAGUGCUGUAACCUCAAUGUAGUUAGUCAGUCCACAUUCUCAAAUGUGUUGAUUUGUUUUCAGUAAAAUGUAUGUAAAAGUGAAAGGAUAAUUUAAUUCUGUGUUUGUUAUUUAGUGGUAUUUCUUUGAUGAUAGUAAUGUUUGUUAUUCUUCAGUUUGUAUCAGAUUCAGGCAUUGUGUCUUCUAGUCUUUGAGUCUUGAUCCAGGAAGUGUGUUUCUCUCCAGAGAGAGAAGAGGGGACUGCCUCUAAAAUGAGUCUUUCUGGGGAGAGGGAGGUAGAGGGCUCUGCGUCUAAAAUCAGUAUUUUGGGGGAACAUGACACCACAGCUAAGAGGGUGAUCCAGAAGAGACCAGGAUCCCCUGUUCCCAGUUGUGUGUCCAUGAACAGCGGCCAGUCUAUGGAUCCACCUUGGACAUUCAAAACAGGAGAUUCAUGUAUCAUUUUCAGGGACCAUAUAAAGGGACCAGCAGGUCCUGUUCCCAGCUGUGUGUCCAUGAAAAGUGACAAGUCUAUGCAUCAACCUAUAGUGUUCAGAGAGGAAGACUUCUCCCCUGAUCAGAGAGACCAACAGGAGAGAUCAGAGUCAGAGAUUCUCAGUGGUCAAUCUGUCCAGAGUCAUCAAACAGACCUGUCCUCUAUAUUCAGUUUACUUGAACAGAAUAUCAUGAUAUUUGUGAAGAAAGAGCUGAAGAGAUUUAAGACAAUGCUGAGUUCAGAUAUCCCAGAAGGAUUUAAGAGUCAGAGGGAGGAUGAGGAAGGUGUGGACCCUGAAGAUGAGAAGCAGGAGAGCAGUGCCAAAGAGUGGGUUCUGAAGAUCACACUGCAUGUCCUGAGGAACAUGAACCAGAAGGAUCUUGCUGACAAACUGGAGAAAAAUGAGCUUGCUGUGAUUUACCAACAUAAUCUCCAAUCUAACCUGAAGAAGAAGUGUCAGUGCUUAUUUGAGGGUAUCGCUAAACAAGGGAACCCAACACUUCUCAAUAAGAUCUACACAGAGCUCUACAUCACAGAGGGUGGAAGUGGAGGAGUCAAUAAUGAACAUGAGGUGAGACAGAUUGAGACAACAACCAGGAAACAAGCAAGACCAGAGAAAGCAAUCAAAUGUAAUGACAUCUUCAAACCAACACCUGGACAAGACAAACCUAUCAGAACUGUGCUGACAAAGGGUGUUGCUGGAAUUGGAAAAACUGUCUCUGUGCAGAAGUUCAUUCUGGACUGGGCUGAAGGAAAAGCCAAUCAGGAAGUCCAAUUCGUAUUUCCCCUCCCUUUUAGGGAGUUGAAUUUAAUGAAAGGGGAUGAACUCAGUUUGAUGCAACUCAUCAAUCAUUUCUCAGUUGAAACCAAUAAAGCAAGAAUCUCUAACUAUAACAAAUACAAAGUUCUGUUCAUUUUUGAUGGUCUGGAUGAGUGCCGACUGCCCCUUGACUUCCAGAACAACAAGAGCUGUUAUGAUGUCACAGAGUCAACCUCAGUGGAUGUGCUGCUAACAAUGCUCAUCAAGGGAAAUCUGCUUCCCUCUGCUCUCCUCUGGAUAACUACCAGACCUGCAGCAGCCAAUCAGAUCCCUUCAGAGUGUGUUGACCUGGUGACAGAGGUGAGAGGGUUCAAUGACCCACAGAAAGAGGAGUACUUCAGGAAGAGAUUCAGUGAUGAGGACCUGGCCAGCAGAAUCAUCUCACACAUAAAGACAUCAAGGAGCCUCCACAUCAUGUGUCACAUACCAGUCUUCUGUUGGAUCGUUGCUACAAUCCUUGAGUACAUGUUGACCACAGAUGAUAAAGUAGAGCUGCCCAAGACCCUAACAGACAUGUACUCACACUUCCUUGUGUUUCAGUCCACACACAGGAAUGUCAAAUAUGAGCGGAAAAAAGAGACAGAUCCUCAUUGGAAUAAAAAGAGCAUUCUGACCCUGGGAAAACUGGCUUUUCAACAGCUACAGAAAGGCAAUCUGAUUUUCUAUGAAGAAGACCUGAAAGAGUGUGGCAUUGAUAUCAAUGAAGCAUCAGUGUACUCGGGAGUCUGUACACAGAUCUUUAAAGAGGAAUGUGGGCUGAACCAGGACAAGGUGUUCUGCUUUGUCCAUCUGAGUAUUCAGGAGUUUCUAGCUGCUGUCUAUGUGUUUCUCUCAUUCAAAAACAAAAAUAAAAUCAGAAUGGGUCAAAAACAAUCAAACUCCUUAACAAUUAAGUUCAGGAAAAUACCUGAAAUAGAUUUUCACAAAAUUGCUGUGGAUGAAGCCUUACAGAGUAAGACUGGACACCUGGACCUUUUCCUUCGCUUCCUUCUGGGUCUCUCACUGGAGUCAAAUCAGAAGCAUUUUGGAGGUCUACUGACAAAGACCAAAAGCAGCUCACAGAGCCAUGAAGAAACAGUCAAGUACAUCAAGGAGAUGAUCAGGGAGAAUCCCUCUUCAGAGAGGUGCAUCAAUCUGUUCCACUGUCUGAAUGAACUGAAUGACCAUUCUCUAGUGGAGGAGAUCCAAAGAUACCUGAGAUCAGGGUGUCUCUCUAGAGAAGAACUGUCACCUGCACAGUGGUCAGCUCUGGUCUUUGUGUUACUGACUUCAGAAGAGGAGAUUGAUGUGUUUGACCUGAAGAAAUAUUCCACAUCAGAGGAAGGUCUUCUGGGGUUGUUGCCAGUGAUCAAAACCUGCAGAACUGCACUACUGUCAGGUUGUGGAAUCACUGAGGAAGGCUGUGCUUCUCUGGUCUCAGCUCUGAAGUCAAACCCCUCACACCUGAAAGAACUGGAUCUGAGUAACAAUCAGCCAGAGGAUUCAGGAGUGAUUGAACUCUCUGCUCUGCUGAAGGAUCCACAAUGUAGACUGGAGACUCUGAAACUGUCAGGUUGUGGAAUCACUGAGGAAGGCUGUGCUUCUCUGGUCUCAGCUCUGAAGUCAAACCCCUCACACCUGAAAGAAUUGGAUCUGAAUAACAAUGACCUGAAGGAUACGGGAGUGGAGAAGCUCUCUGCUAUGCUGAAGGAUCCACAAUGUAGACUGGAGACUCUGAGUAUGGAUCAUGGUGGAGAGUGGAUGUUGAAAUCAGGACUGAAGAAAUAUGUCUGUGAUCUCACACUGGACCUAAACACAGUAAACAGACUCCUCUCUCUGUCUGAGGAGAACAGAAAGGUGACAAGGAAGACAAAAGAGCAGCCGUUUCCUGAUCACCCAGAGAGAUUUGAGUACCAUCCACAGGUGUUGUGUAGACAGGGUCUGUCUGGACGCUGUUACUGGGAGGUAGAGUGGAGUGGGAGAGGGGCUGAGAUAGGAGCGACAUAUAAAGGAAUCAAUAGGAAAGGAGGGGGUGACUGUUGGCUUGGAUACAAUGAAAAGUCCUGGAUUCUGUACUGUUAUGAUGAAGGUUACUCUGUCAGGCACAAUAAUAAGACAACUCUCCUACCUGUCACCUCCUCAGACUCCCACAGAGUAGGAGUGUAUCUGGACUGGCCAGCCGGCACUCUGUCCUUCUACAGGGUCUCCUCUGACACACUGACCCACCUGUACACAUUCAACACCACAUUCACUGAGCCCCUCUAUCCAGGGUUUAGGGUUUAUUAUUCUGACUCCUCAGUGUCUCUGUGUUAG